AUGCCAAUGAGGUUGGAUUUUAGUACGGCAAUUACUUAUCUCAACUUGGGAGUAGCUCUUGGCCUUCCCUAUGCAUUUUACAUGUACUUCACGGCGCUUCGUAAGCGUGCACUGCUUGAAGCGAUCCCGACUGUUGGCCAUGAUGGCAUAUUCACCUCCUACAUAACCAUCUGGAGAUACUUAUUCGAUGGACGUGCGCUUAUCGAGGAAGGUUGUCGCAAGUAUCCAGGAUCGGCAUUCAAGAUCCCCACCAUCGACGGCUGGCAAGUAGUUGUCAAUGGACACCAGAUGUACGAUGGUUUACGACGGGCAUCUGAGGACGAGUUGUCUACAUUUGAAGCCCUGGACGACUUAUUCAAGGCUCGCUAUACGAUGUCACCUCAUCUGAACGACAAUCCUUACCACGUCGAUGUCAUACUCACUUCCCUCACCCGCAACACCGCUGCAAAAUUGGAUGACAUCAGGGACGAAAUUCGACAAGCUUUCCAGGACUUUAUUCCUGCAACAGAGGAUUGGACCGAAUAUUCAAACCUUCCGAAACUUAUGCCAAAGAUCGUCGUACGCGUGUCCAAUAGGGUGUUUGUUGGUCUGCCUCUCUGUCGCAACAAGGAUUGGUGUGACCUUAACGUCAAAUUUACUAUUAGCGUUGCAGUCAAUGCACUCGUUAUCGGUCUGUUCCCAAAGUUCUUACACCCGAUCGUUGGGCGUAUAUUCAGUUCCCGUCGCUCAAGCCUACGACGAGCAACGAAGCACCUUUCUUCUAUAUUGAAAGAACGAAUGGAGACGGAAAGCCAAAAUCAUGGUUCUGGCGUUGAGCAGUCAUAUGAACCAAAUGAUUUGCUCUCCUGGCUCGUUGACAAACGCGAGAAAAUAGGUGAGGACUGGCAGAAGGCUUCAGUAGAGGAUUUAUCCCUCCGAGUGAUUGCAAUCAAUUUCGCGGCAAUACACACGACUUCUGGUUUUUUCACGCAUGCCCUUUAUGAUCUUGCUGCCAACCCUCAGCUCGCUGACCCUCUGCGCGAUGAGUUUACUUCCGUAAUAGAAAGUGAAGGGGGAUGGACGAAGUCCGCCAUGUCAAAAAUGUAUAUGUUGGAUAGCUUCUUGAAGGAGUCGGCCAGGAAAGGGGUGGCGUCAGUUAGUGUCAUUCGGAUAGCUCUCCAAGACUUCAUGUUACCCAACGGUAUUCGUUUACCUACGGGGACGAAAGUAGGAAUAGCGGCGUACCAUACCCAUCAUUCUGAAAAAACGUAUCCCGCUCCGGACACCUUCCAAGUUGCACGGUUCGCCGAAAAAGGCGGGAAUACCAGAAAUUGCAUGACCACUCUAUCUGAAGAUUGGUUAACGUUUGGUACGGGCAAACAUGCCUGUCCAGGUCGUUUCUUUGCCGUCAACCAGCUCAAAAUGCUCAUGGGAUACGUUCUUCUGACUUACGACGUCAAAUUCUCUGAAAAACAAGCAAAUUUCCCUCACCCACUGUGGUUCGCAAACACCGUCAUACCUAAUUCGAGCGCCAGAGUGAUGUUCAGAAGGAGGAAGAUGUGA